ACCUUUUCCUUCUCAAACAUCAAUCCUAUUUAUCACUACUUUUCAAAGCAUGCCUCGUCUUUAUGUGAACGUAGAGCGCCAGCUCCAAGAGCUGGAGAAUGGCGCACGCAAUCAUACAUUUAGGUUGUGGGACAGCUUCAACAACUUUGCUCUGCGCGACAAUGUGCUCGAGGUAGCUGUCGGCCUAAUCCUUGCUGCAGCAUUCACCGCCUGUGCGAACUCGCUUGUGUCCGACAUCAUUCUUCCCGUCAUCUCGCUCCUACCCUUCCUAAGCCGCAACCUCGACGAGAAAUUCGCUAUUCUGCGUAGAGGACCGCACUACAACGGUACGAUCAGCAACGGUUACAACACUGUGAAGCAAGCGUCGGAAGAUGGCGCGUUGGUCCUGGCGUGGGGAAAGUUCUUCGAUGAGAUCUUCAGGUUUCUGCUCAAAGCGGUGAGCUUGUGGAUCAUCGCAGUGACCUAUAGCAGUACCAGUGGCGACAAUAUAGUGAAGAGGCAAGUGAAGUGCAGGUACUGCAAUUUGUACAUCAGCGAGAUGGCGAAGAGAUGUGUGAACUGUACGACCUGGCUGGACGGCAGGGAGGACAAAUGACUGCAAGUGGACAUUUGCGAAUGCGCACAACCGAUGUGCACGCGCACUUGCACCCUCUCGCAUCGGGGUCAAAGGUUACUCGUCGAGCAGACUCAGCCAACGCCCGAGACGAUCGCCAAUAGUAAGGUACAUGUCGAGCACGAUCUGCGUGCUGGAUCAAGCAACACCUUGCAUAUCCUAGCUUAUCAUGUACUGUACAAUGCAAGGCAGCCACGUUGCGACAUGCGAGUACCAACUGUAAUAG